AGCCAAUCGCUAGGCGCCUAGGCCUGUCCGCGCGGUCUGUGGCGGCACUGAGGAGAGCGUUUUCCGCCAUGAUAGAGCAGCCGAAGCGCAAGGCCCCGGAGUUGCCACUGGUUCCAGUCAAGAGGCAGCGUCAUGAGUUGCAGCUGGGAGCGCCAGGCUCGGGCCCCGGAGCAGGGCAGCAGCAGGCGGCCCCGGGAGCUUUGCUGCAAGCGGGACCUCCAAGAUGUUCCUCCCUUCAAGCCCCAAUCAUGCUGCUCUCGGGACAUGAAGGAGAAGUGUACUGCUGCAAGUUUCACCCCAAUGGCUCCACUUUAGCAUCUGCAGGAUUUGACCGACUGAUAUUGCUGUGGAAUGUCUACGGUGACUGUGAUAAUUAUGCCACCCUGAAAGGACAUAGUGGAGCAGUGAUGGAGCUCCAUUAUAACACAGAUGGCAGUAUGCUCUUCUCCGCAUCCACAGAUAAAACCGUGGCAGUAUGGGAUAGUGAAACAGGCGAGAGGGUUAAAAGGCUGAAGGGACAUACUUCCUUUGUAAAUUCCUGUUAUCCAGCCAGGAGGGGGCCCCAGCUUGUCUGCACAGGCAGUGAUGAUGGUACAGUUAAGCUCUGGGACAUCCGGAAGAAAGCAGCCAUCCAGACCUUUCAAAACACAUACCAGGUGUUAGCUGUGACCUUUAAUGACACAAGUGAUCAGAUUAUCUCUGGUGGAAUAGACAAUGAUAUCAAGGUCUGGGACCUACGCCAGAACAAGCUAACCUAUACCAUGAGAGGCCAUGCAGAUUCAGUUACUGGUCUGAGUUUAAGUUCUGAAGGUUCUUACCUCUUGUCCAAUGCAAUGGAUAAUACAGUACGUGUCUGGGAUGUCCGACCAUUUGCUCCUAAAGAGAGAUGUGUGAAGAUAUUUCAAGGAAAUGUGCACAACUUUGAAAAGAAUCUCCUGAGAUGUUCCUGGUCACCUGAUGGGAGCAAAAUAGCAGCUGGCUCAGCAGACAGGUUUGUGUAUGUGUGGGACACCACAAGCAGGAGAAUAUUGUAUAAGCUGCCUGGGCACGCUGGCUCCAUCAACGAAGUGGCUUUCCACCCCGACGAGCCCAUCAUUCUCUCAGCAUCCAGUGACAAGAGAUUGUAUAUGGGGGAGAUUCAGUGAAAAUGCCGGAUGGAAGACUCUGAGGCUGCAUGACCUGGAGACCUUGGGCUGCAUAAUUGGCAUCAAAUGGUGCCCAGGCUCUCCUCCCUUCCGAUGGCCAUGACUAGCAAGAAACAAGAGCUGCUGGCCGUAUUCCAGCAACUGCUUAUCCCAUCCCAGGAUGAUGAGGCUCCCAGUGGCUUCCAGUACCACCUGCCAGACUUCAGGGACCUGCCUCUCCUUUAUUUUGAUUUUGAUAAGAUUUCAUCAAAUGGACAAGACAUUUAUUUUUCCGCAGUUUUCUGUUUUCUAA